AUGGUCUCCGAGUUGUUCCAAACCAAGUUUGUGCAGCACCUCCCUUCGACUUACCGGUAUGUCAUGCUUGUCUUCUUGCUGCAACGACGGUUGUCUGGGAAUCGUACCUUCGCUGCAGAUAUCGAAGAGGGGAGUGUAAAUUGGCUCGAACAAAUAAUUGAGAGCUCUUGCAUGACAAGGUUUGCAGGCAGGUAUAAAAGAUGCAACCUUCUCACGGUACACGUGAUUUUGUGUGUCCGGAAUGAAGUAUGCAUAGUAGAAGAACCACCAACUCGCUAUGCAUGUCUUCUAAUUUUCCUGCUUGUUUUGUUCUUUGGUCAGGUAGCCUCAUUGGGUCCAUCUCUGCCUGCUCUGGCUUGUAAUGGUCAACUCGUGAUCUCGGGCUGA